AACAAAAACUUAAACAAACUGAAAUGAAAUUGAAGGCAGCUCUUCCAACGGAACUGAAAACCCUAAUAAAGCUCAAGAGCUUUGCCGGAGAAGACGAUUAGGAAAAAGCUGGCCAACACUUUUACAUUUUCGACCAGUGAAUUUGGUUUGUGGAAUCAGAUCUGCUGCACUGCACACCAUUGGAGCUGCCAAGAGAGAAUCGUGACAGAUCGAGAAAUUUUGGGAGCUGCAAAGCUAACGGUCACCAUUCUUAGACCUUCAUACUUGUCCCACAGGUUGCAUCGUCGAGGUUUUGAGAACAAAGCAUAAUACAUACAUACAUGGAUGCUGAGGCUGCAAAAACUGCUAGGGAAUCUCUAGACCUGGCAUUUCACAUGUCGAAUAUGCUUGACACCGGCCUUGAUCGUCACACCCUUUCUGUUCUCAUUGCUCUCUGUGAUUUGGGUCUCAAUCCUGAAGCAUUAGCUGCUCUCGUCAAGGAACUCCGAACAGAAACCCUCAACUCUUCAUCUCAGACUUGAAUUGAACAGGUUCUCUUUUGCUUGUGUGAAAAAAUAAAUAGUGAAACUCAUUGGGUUUUUGUGUUAAUGGCUAAAUGAAACUAGGGAUUUGAAUUCGAGAGUGUUGAUUAGAAUUUAUCAAUGUCAGAUUGGUUGAAAAACAGACAAGAAUUUAUGUACUUGUUAUUAUUAAACUUGAUGUGUGGAUUGUUUUUCUUUAGAGUCAAUCUGUUUAAACUUUGUUGUUGUGUUGAUAAAAAUUACAUUGUAUUGUAUACCCCUUUUUAGAGUUUCUAGUUGAACAAGGCAAAAUUUAUAUGGUCA